GAUGCUACAAUCCCUGAUAGUUUCAGAGGCCUGCCUUUUUGGGGUAAAUGAGUGCCAAGUUGACGCCACCCGCGAAUUUUCAAUGCUAAUAAAACAUCCGGUAACUGUACAAUGUACCUGUAUCCAGAUGUACAAGAGAUCCAAUGAUGAAGAAGAAAAGGGCCGAAUCGCGCAUGGCCUAUCAUGUGGCGGCGACCUGCCUACUUUGACCAAGUAU